AUGUCGCAAACAAGCGUUGCUGAGCAAGCUGCUGCACCAGUUGUUAGUGAAUCACCAACUGUUAUAGAACGGUGGGAACGAGAUUUUUCACAGACAAAAACUGAUGGUAUCACAUAUGAUUACAUUAUUAUUGGCUCUGGCUCUGCAGGUGCUGUCUUAGCUAAUCGUCUGUCGGAGCAAAGUGAUAAACGUGUUCUUCUUAUUGAAGCUGGUGGUGUUGAUACAAUGGACCAAAUACAUAUACCAGCUGCCUUCGGUAGCUGUCAGCGUGGUGACAUUGAUUGGCAAUAUAAGACUACACCUCAACUUUAUUCACACUUUGGGUGUGUCAAUCAACAAAGUAAUUGGCCACGUGGUAAAGUUUUAGGUGGUUGUUCCUCUAUAAACAGUAUGCAAUAUGUUCGUGGUGAUCCACAUGAUUAUGAUAAUUGGCAAUUGCCACAAUGGUCAUUUCAAGAAAUGUUAAAAUAUUUUAAAAAAUUAGAACACGCGGAUCCGAAUACAAUUCAGAAGAAUGAGCAUUUUCGUAAUCACGAUCAGGACAAUGGAAUGAUGGAUGUAACAAUGCUCGAAGAAGCCAAUCCAAUAAAUCGAAUGUUCAUUGAAGCAUGUGAAAAGAAUGGAUUUCGUGAAACUAAAGAUUAUAAUGCCGAAGAAAGUCUCAAUGGAUGUGUAUCAAUGUCACAAAUAUCAACAAAAGGCGGAAAACGUUGGUCAACAGCAAGUGGUUAUCUCUUGAAAGCAGUGAAACGAGAAAAUUUUGAUUUGUUAAUACAUGCACAUGCUUGUCGAGUAGUAUUUGAUGAGCAAAAACAAGUAUCUGGAGUCAUUGUUAAACGCAGUAGCUCAUUGGACAAAGAAGAAUUUAUCAAAGGUAAAGAAGUGAUACUAUCAGCUGGUACAAUUGGAAGUGCUCAAAUACUUCUUCUCUCUGGUAUUGGUCCUCAAGAAGAAUUAGAGAAACAUCAAAUACCAGUGAUCAUGGAUUUACCUGGUGUUGGUAAAAAUUUACAAGAUCAUCUAAUGGCUGUUCUAGUCUAUCAAACUCGAAUACCAACACUUUCAGUUCAUGAUCUAACAUCCGAAAACUUACAAAAAUGGGCAACUCAAGGAAAAGGUCCCUUAACGUCAUGCAUUAUUGAAUCACAAUGGUGGUGUCAAUUGAAUGGAAAUGAUAAAACACAAGUACCUGAUAUUCAAACGCAUUUUGGACCGUGUACAAUUGACGCUGAACUUUUGAAGAACUUUAACUAUAAACUAGAAGUUUUUGAGCACUAUUUGAAACCAUGUUUAACAGAUGAAUUUCAAUGGACUGUUGCAUGCUUACCUACAAUUCUGCAUCCAAAAUCAAAGGGUGAAAUUACACUUGCAAGUCGUGAUCCUCUCGAACAUCCAAUUAUCAAUCCAAAUUAUUUAGAAGAUAAAGAAGAUGUUCGUAAAUUGGUUGAAGCAUGUAAGCUAGUUGAAAAAAUUUGUCAGACUGAACCGCUGAAUAGUACACUCAAAUCAAUGGUGAAACAAAUGAACGGAGACGAAACAACAGAAAAUGUCGAUCAAUUUUGGGAAUCGUUUAUUCGAAAAUAUAGUGUUACAGUCUAUCAUCCAGUUGGUACGUGUAAGAUGGGAAAAGAAGAAGAUCCAAUGACGGUUGUAACGCCUGAUACACGAGUGAAAGGCGUGAGAGGUCUACGUGUUGUUGAUGCAAGCAUUAUGCCGAGUAUUAUUUCGGGCAAUACAAAUAUUCCAACAGUUGCAAUAGCAGAGAGAGCAGCAGAUUUAAUUAAGAACAACUAUUAA